UUCAAUUUUUAACUAAAAUUAAGCUAAAAUCAAGUCAACAUGGUUAAAAAAACUCACCAAUUAUGGUGUUAUUUUGCAAAAAUCCAAGCUCUUAACGAAGAGGACAAGAGUAAUCCCAAGGUAAUUUGUCAGAUCAAAGUGCCCGCAGGGACAGGACCAAUUUGUGGAAAGGUUCUGUCCACACCUAACUCUAGCUCCAUGAGAACUCAUAUUAGGUCUUUACAUCCGGAACAGGCCAGAGCAGUUAUUUCAUUCGAGGCAGCAUGGUAUCAAAAAAGACUAAAUGAUACUAAGAAGCUUGAUAAAUUAUACAACCAAGUGGAGAAAAUAACUUCUAACAAGAAAAAAGACCAAUCUGACCACUCAGAUUCAACUCUCUCUAAUUCCGGAACUGAUGUCGAUGCUUCACAAAGUGUCGUUUACCCCAACAAAAGACAAACCAGAAAGAAACUUUUUCGGAAGUUGCCAAUUGGUGGUAGGGCCUCAUUUGUCACAACCACACCACCAUAUUUUCAGAGGAUUGUCAAGCACAAUGUCAGGUCACCUGUCCAGUUAAAAUUUGAUUUGGCUGUGAUGAAGUACUUAGCAGGCAGUAAUCUUGCCUUCAACCAUGUCAAUGAGGCAGCAUUUCGAAACUUUGUCAAAUACUUGGAUCCAAAGUUCCACGUGAAGUCCGCCAGAAGUAUGGUUAGAGCAAAAUUUUCUCUUCUCAACCGAUUGGUCAAGGAGGCAGUGACGAACAAGAUUGUAACAGAUCUAAAAGACAAUGCCGUUGGUGUUGCUUUCACAACUGAUUUGUGGUCAUCAAAGUAA